AUGUUACAAAUGGCCUUUGUUUUGCUCCAGCGUGAGUGUAUCUCAAUACACGUGGGUCAGGCUGGUGUCCAGAUUGGCAAUGCCUGCUGGGAGCUUUACUGCCUGGAACAUGGGAUUCAACCUGAUGGUCAAAUGCCGAGUGACAAGACCAUUGGAGAAGGGGAUGAUUCCUUCAACACAUUCUUCAGUGAGACUGGAGCUGGAAAGCAUGUCCCCAGAGCCGUUUUUGUGGAUCUGGAGCCCACUGUCAUCGAUGAGGUGCGCACUGGGACCUACCGGCAGCUGUUCCACCCUGAGCAGCUGAUCACUGGCAAGGAGGAUGCUGCCAACAACUACGCCCGUGGACACUACACCAUUGGCAAAGAGAUAAUUGACCUGGUGCUGGACAGGAUCCGUAAAUUGGCUGACCAGUGCACUGGUCUUCAGGGAUUCCUGGUUUUCCACAGCUUUGGAGGUGGUACCGGCUCGGGCUUCACCUCCCUGCUGAUGGAGCGUUUGUCUGUAGACUACGGCAAGAAGUCCAAACUGGAGUUCGCCAUCUACCCAGCUCCCCAGGUGUCCACUGCUGUGGUGGAGCCUUACAACUCCAUCCUGACCACACACACCACCCUAGAGCACUCUGACUGUGCCUUCAUGGUGGAUAAUGAGGCCAUCUACGAUAUCUGUCGCAGGAACCUGGACAUCGAGCGUCCUACCUACACCAACCUGAACAGGCUGAUGAGUCAGAUUGUGUCCUCCAUUACUGCUUCCCUUCGUUUUGACGGUGCCCUUAAUGUUGAUCUUACAGAGUUUCAGACCAACUUGGUGCCAUAUCCCCGUAUCCACUUCCCUCUUGCCACCUAUGCCCCUGUCAUCUCUGCUGAGAAGGCGUACCAUGAGCAGUUGACAGUGGCAGAAAUUACCAACGCCUGCUUUGAGCCAUCCAAUCAGAUGGUAAAAUGCGACCCUCGCCACGGCAAAUACAUGGCCUGCUGCCUUUUGUACCGUGGCGAUGUGGUCCCCAAAGAUGUCAAUGCUGCCAUUUGCAGUAUUAAGACCAAGCGCACCAUCCAGUUUGUGGACUGGUGUCCCACUGGUUUCAAGGUCGGCAUCAACUACCAGCCCCCCACUGUAGUUCCUGGUGGAGACUUGGCCAAGGUCCAGAGGGCUGUGUGCAUGCUGAGCAACACCACUGCUAUUGCAGAGGCCUGGGCUCGGCUUGACCACAAGUUUGAUUUGAUGUACGCUAAGCGUGCCUUUGUCCACUGGUAUGUAGGUGAGGGUAUGGAGGAGGGAGAGUUCUCUGAGGCUAGAGAGGACAUGGCAGCUCUGGAGAAGGAUUAUGAGGAGGUUGGACUUGACUCUGUUGAGGAAGGAGAUAGAAUUAACCUGAGUGCACUUUGCAGCUUUUAGUCCCUCAACUAUGAAAUUAUUCCUUUUUGUCUUUCAUGGAACAGCCAUCAUCUCCAAACAACUUAUGCACGUCUGAUUGCUCAUCACAUUAUUGAAAAAAGUUAUUAGUGAAAUAUUUGUUACAUUCAUGGCAACAUCAGCCUGUCAACAGCCUUUAAAAGUCUUUUGUCCAAUAGUCAUGCUAUUUGUUUGUAGAAACUAUGGAUUUCCUCUAAAAGAUGUAAGCAGUAUCCAUUGUUAAGUGUAACUCUUUUAAAUCUAUCAUGAGACAAAUAUGUCACUAAAUAUGUCACUGUCGCACCUUUCAAGUAACUUUUCAUUGCUGUUACACCCAAUGUUUCUUAAACAUUUUAAAAAAUAUAUUGUAUUUGAUUGACAAAAUAUGAGAUUAUAAGCAGAUUUAAUGUUAAACCUUUUUGUACUGUUCGGUUUAUGCAAGGGCCUUGUUUUGGUUUUCCUCAAGGCCUUGUUUCAUCUCUUUCCUUAAAAACUCCUCUUGACUCUUAUUCACUAAGGCCAUAUUCUAGUAUAAAUACUUUCAAUAUCACUCAGCCCCACUUGGCCUAAAACAUUGUUGUAGAAAGGUGCCAGUGUCCCCAAUAAAGGACCACAUGCUGUGGUCAGCUUGAAGUUGA